GCAGCACAGUUUUAUGCAACUUUCUCGUUAAGCCAGCCUACCGGACAUGACGUUGCAUUGAGUUGAUGCAGCGGAUUGGUCAGGCAUCCGCAUACUGGUCUGAAGGUGGCGGGAGAGGAAGUAAAGCCAUGUGAUGAAAAUAUUUUGCAGAAGGUAAAUAAAAGCGUAAAAAAAGAAAUACCUAUGAGGAGUUGUCGAUUGAUUUCAGCGAUGCAGAAAAACAAACGCACGGAAAGGAGAACCAAAGAAAGUGUCAGACCACAGCGGAAGAAGACGAAACGAGAAGAGGACGCUGGAAAUGUCAACUCCCCACCUCGGUACCACACUUUUUCUGACCCGGCUCAUAUUGAGCUGCUGCGGUCUCAACUCCUGACCUGGUACGACGAGGAGAAGAGAGAACUACCAUGGAGAAGUCUGGCGUUGACAGAACCAGAUGUUGACAUCAGGACUUAUGGAGUGUGGGUUUCAGAAAUCAUGCUGCAGCAGACUCAGGUUGCCACGGUGAUUGACUAUUAUAACAAGUGGAUGAAGGUAGAUUUUGUUGCUGGAGCUGUAGAUGGCAAUGUGAUCCGGGUACUGUGUCGUCUCAGGGCCAUUGGUGCUGACAGUACCAGUCCUGCAGUAACUGAGGCUCUUUGGGGUCUGGCCAAUGCACUGGUGGAUCGAGAGAGACCUGGAGACUUUAACCAGGCCAUGAUGGAGCUGGGAGCUCGAGUGUGUACGCCUAAAGCACCUGUGUGCAGCCAGUGUCCUGUACAGACUCACUGCCACUCCUACAGCAAGGUUCAGGUCAAACAAAAAGAAAAUUCAGAAAGGCUUUUAGGGAAACCAGAGAAGAAGCUUUUAGUCCUGUCUGAUAUAGAAGACUGCAUGAACAGUGGAAACUGUCCCCUUUGUCCCUCUGAGCCCUGGGACGAUGACCUGGGCGUUCAGAACUUUCCUAGAAAACCAGCCAAGAAGCCGCCGCGAGUGGAGCGAACACUUACCUGUGUGGUGGUCAGACACGGAGAGGACGGAGAGGACGAGUUCCUGCUGCGCCAAAGACCAGACAAAGGUUUGUUAGCAGGACUGUGGCAGUUUCCCAGUCUUUUGCUGGAGGAGGGAAAAUCUGAGAUGAAACAGAAGAGGGCGCUGUGCAGUGAGCUCAGCGGGACUCUGGGCUCUAGCCUUAACCAGAGCCUCCUUCACUAUGUUGGAGAGGUGGUUCACAUUUUCUCCCAUAUCCACCAAACAUACGUGGUCCAUGCUGUGCAGCUGCACGAUACUGAUGCCACGACACAGGCUGAAAAUGCACAGUGGAUCAGCAGAUCUGCUCUACAGAUAGCUGCCGUGUCCACCGGAGUAAAAAAGAUUUUGAAGCUGUAUGAUUCUAUGGACAGUCAAAGAGAACACACGGCUAAGAAAGAUAAGAAGAAAAACACAACCCGUGUAAAAACUGAGGAGAAACCAAAAACCACAAAAAGACCCAGACUGGCUCCAGCCAAUCACGGAGGCCGACAGCUCUCGCUCAGCUCUUUCUUCAAGACAGUGAAAGAAGAAUCC